AGAGCUACCGGAAUCGGGAAUCUAGCUCGUAAAAUAGAAGCGAAUAUUUCGCAGGAGCUACUUUCCAUCGGCGAAAUCUAAAUCCAAAAUUAUUAUAGCAAAAGAAAGAAAAUAAUGUGAAAACAAAAAAAAAAGCUUGACGGUUCCGUACGUGAGAAAGAGAGAUUGAAAAUUGAAGAAAGAAAAAAAAAAUGUGAAAAAAAGGAAAAGGUCAUUCAUUUUAGAAUGAGAAAAGUCAAAUCCUCAACAAAGAGCCUUCUUCCUCAACCCCUCUUGACGCGGUAUUGAUCAUAAGUCUCCUCCGGCUAAUCCCCAAAAAAAACACAUCUCUUUCUCUCUAUCUCUAAUGCCCUUUACGAUCCUUAUCUGAUUUUUAUUUGUGUGAUCCGUUCUUCGUCAAUGGCGGGCCCUCUCUCGUAAAGACCAUCCCUUUCCCAACUCUCUGCUCCAUUAUUCAUUACCCUUUUGUUUUCUUUUCUUUCUCCUUCUUUGAGACAUGAAGCUCCAGGUCCGAGUCAUCGAAGCGAGGAACCUUCCCGCCAUGGAUCUCAACGGCUUCAGCGAUCCUUACGUCAGGCUUCAGCUCGGCAAACACAGGUCCCGGACCAAAGUAGUUAAGAAGAACUUGAACCCCAAAUGGGGCGACGAUUUCACCUUCCGCGUCGACGAUUUGAAAGACGAGCUCGUCGUCUCUGUUCUCGACGAGGAUAAGUACUUCAACGACGACUUCGUUGGCCAGGUCCGUGUUCCCGUUUCUCAGGUCUUCGAUGCCGAGAAUCAGUCUCUUGGUAGUGUUUGGUAUCCUCUUUUGCCUAAGAAGAAAGGCUCCAAGAAAGAUUGUGGUGAUAUACUUCUAGGGAUUUGGUUUAGUCAGAAGAACUCUGUUGUUGAUUUGAACUCUAUUGCGGAUCAGAGGACUUCUGACGUGGGGAUGGAGACUUCUGCUGAUCCUUCCACUUGUGCCUCUCCUUGUAGAUCUGAAGAUGCUGCUUCAUCUUCCAAGGACUCGCAGAAGUCAUUAGCUGGAAGGAUCGCUCAGAUUUUUCAGAAGAAUGGUUCUGAUGCGGCUUCUGCAGCGCCUACACCGUCGAUUAGUAGGAGCAUUGACGCUUCUGAGCCAUCGUCUGAGAUGUCUAGAUCAAUCUUUUCCCUUGAGUUAUCUGAAGAUGAGUCGUCUCCCGCUUCAUUUGAGGAAGUUAUGAAGGCUAUGGAGUCGAGAGACCAGGAAGUUGAAUCUCCUAGUAAUCUACCGGGUGGGAUCCUUGUUGAUCAGUUGUUUAUGAUCACACCAUCAGAUCUUAACACUGUACUCUUUGCACCGGAUUCGAGCUUCUAUGCGUCGUUGACUGAGUUGCAAGGGACUACGGAGGUUCAGAUUACACCGUGGAAGCUUGAAAACGAAGGUGAGAGUGCUAAGCGGGUUGUGAGUUACCUCAAGGCUGCGACUAAACUUAUUAAAGCUGUCAAAGGCACAGAGGAGCAGGCCUAUCACAAAGCGGAUGGAGAGGUUUACUCUGUUUUAGCUAUUGUGUCCACUCCUGAUGUCCCGUUCGGAAGUACCUUUAAGGUUGAAGUGCUUUACUGCAUCUCUCCUGGUCCCGAGCUGCCUUCUGGGGAGCAGUGUUCCCGUUUGGUGAUCUCAUGGAGGUUGAAUUUUCUUCAGAGCACGAUGAUGAAAGGUAUGAUAGAGAAUGGAGCCAGGCAAGGGCUAAAAGACAGCUUCGAACAGUAUGCAACCUUGUUGGCUCAAAAUGUAAAGCCUGUGGAUUCAAAGGACAUUGGAGUGAACAAGGAGCAAGCUCUGUCUUCCUUGCACGCUGAACCCCAAUCAGAUUGGAAAUUGGCAGUACAGUAUUUCGCCAACUUCACUGUGUUUUCCACUUUCUUGAUCGGUGUGUAUGUAUUUGUACAUAUUAUGUUGUCCUUACCUAGUGCAAUCCAAGGGCUAGAGUUUAGUGGCCUUGAUUUGCCGGAUUCAAUUGGAGAGUUUGUUGUCAGUGGGGUUCUCGUUCUUCAGUGCGAAAGAGUAUUGCAGUUGAUUUCACGUUUCAUGCAGGCAAGAAAACAGAAAGGCAGUGAUCAUGGCGUCAAAGCUCAUGGAGAUGGUUGGUUGCUAACUGUUGCUCUAAUAGAGGGGGUCGAUCUAGCAGCUGUAGAUCCAAGCGGGCAUUGUGAUCCGUACAUUGUAUUUACUUCCAAUGGGAAGACGCGAACCAGCUCCAUCAAGUUCCAGAAAUCUCAUCCUCUAUGGAAUGAAAUAUUUGAGUUUGAUGCGAUGGCUGAUCCUCCUUCUGUACUGAAUAUUGAAGUUUACGAUUUCGACGGACCUUUCGACGAGGCUGUUUCAUUGGGACAUGCUGAGAUAAACUUUGUGAGGUCAAAUAUAUCUGAUCUAGCUGAUGUGUGGAUUCCACUUCAAGGGAAACUGGCUCAGGCUUGUCAAUCUAAAUUGCACUUGAGGAUUUUCUUGGAUCAUACAGGAGGUGGAGAUGUUGUUAGAGACUAUUUAACUAAGAUGGAGAAAGAGGUGGGCAAGAAGAUUAAUGUGCGGUCUCCUCAAACAAACUCAGCCUUUCAGAAGCUGUUUAGUCUCCCACAAGAAGAAUUUUUGAUUAAUGACUUUACAUGUCACUUAAAGAGGAAAAUGCCUUUGCAGGGUCGUCUUUUCCUGUCUGCAAGAAUAGUUGGAUUUUACGCAAGCCUGUUUGGUAACAAAACGAAGUUCUUUUUCCUGUGGGAAGAUAUAGAGGAUAUUCAAGUGCUUCCUCCCACUCUUGCUUCGAUGGGGAGUCCCACUGUCGUCAUGACUCUCAGACCAAAUAGAGGAACGGACGCGCGGAUAGGCGCAAAAACACAUGAUGAGGAAGGCAGGCUUAAGUUCCAUUUCCAUUCAUUUGUGUCUUUCAAUGUGGCACAAAAGACAAUAAUGGCUCUGUGGAAAGCAAAAUCCUUGACGCCAGAACAGAAAGUGCAAGCUGUUGAAGAGGAAUCAGAACAGAAACUUCAAAGUGAAGAGAGUGGUUCGUUCUUGGGUAUUGAUGACGUCAGAUUCUCUGAGGUCUACUCUUUGACUCUCUCUGUUCCGGUAAGUUUCUUUAUGGAAUUGUUUGGUGGGGGUGAAGUAGAUCGAAAGGCUAUGGAGAGAGCGUGUUGUCAGAGCUAUUCAUGCAGCCCAUGGGAGUCAGAGAAGGCUGAUGUGUAUGAGAGGCAGACAUACUACAGAGAUAAGCGGAUAUCACGUUAUAGAGGAGAAGUAACAAGCACACAGCAAAAGACCCUUGUGCCAGAUAAGAAUGGGUGGCUUGUGGAAGAGGUCAUGACUCUCCAUGGAGUUCCGUUGGGAGACUAUUUCAAUCUCCAUCUUAGAUACCAGAUGGAAGAAGUGGCCUCGAAGCCAAAUACAACAUAUGUGCGAGUAUACUUUGGGAUUGAAUGGCUAAAGAGCAGUAGACAUCAGAAAAGGGUGACAAAGAACAUCCUGGUAAACCUGCAGGAUCGCCUCAAGAUGGUAUUUGGAUUCUUGGAGAAGGAAUAUAGCAACAGACAACAGCAGCAAGUAGCAUGAUAUAUAUUUAUAUAUAUAGACUUUGGUCUGAGAAUGGAGGGCCAUUGUAGCUCUCAAGCUCAAAGCAUUCCUUAUUCUUCUUACGUCAUAUAAUUAGAUGACUUGUUGUCUGUAGUGAAAACAGAGUUUUGUGAUUAUUGUUGGUGAUGCUCUGCCUAAACCUCUUCGAAAGUGAUCAAAUUGUAGUCACUUCGUGUGUUGUUGUUCAAUGCAUUUUUUCUCUUCUCUA